AACACCACAUGGCACAUCGACGACUACCGGGAUCUCCAAAGAAUCAUGCACGUCCUAUCCAUGGUGGUCUAUGGCGUCUCGUGUCUCCUAGGGGUGACGGGAAACGGCCUCGUCAUCUGGACUGUGAGCUUCAAGAUGAAGAGGACGGUGAACACCGUGUGGUUCCUCAACUUGGCGGUGGCCGAUUUUAUCUUCACGUUCUUCCUGCCCUUCAGCAUCGCCUACACGGCUCUGGGUUUCCACUGGCCCUUCGGGAAAGUCCUCUGCAAGCUGAACAGCACCGUUGCCUUCGUGAACAUGUUCACCAGCGUCUUCCUCUUGAUGGUCAUCAGCAUGGACCGGUGCACUUCGGUAGUCUCCCCGGUGUGGUCCAGAAACUACCGGACCCCCAAGCUGGCUGUCAGCAUUGCGUCGGUCGCAUGGAUCGCCGCCUUUGUCCUCAGUCUUCCAUAUCUCGUUUUCCGAGACACGGCGACCAACUCAAGGAACACCACCAGCUGCUACAAUAAUUUUGCUCUGUCCGGUGACUACGACUCCGAGGAGACCCAAAGGAUCUGGAAGAUAAGGCACAAAGCCAUGAUCAUAACCAGAUUCCUGCUCGGCUUCUUCAUUCCCUUCUCCAUUAUCCUGGUUUGCUACAUCAUCGUUGCGUUCCAGAUGAAGAGGAGGCGUCUGACCAAGUCCACCAGGCCCUUCCGGAUCCUCUUUGCCGUAACGGGGUCGUUCUUCCUGUGCUAUUUCCCUUACCACGUCUUCUCUUUGCUGGAAAUGUUCAAAGCGUCUUCCAGUCAUGAGCUCAAAGUGGCUCUGUCCAUAGGGAUCCCUUUGGCGUCAAGCCUGGCGUUCUUCAACAGCUGCAUCAACCCAAUCCUCUAUGUGUUUGUAGGGCAGAAGACGUUCCGGCAGUCUAUCAUCUCAGCGUUCGAAGGGGCUUUCGGGGAGGACUCUCUCCUGUCUACCUUAUCCAGCAGGAGAAAAUCAAGAUGCCUUUCCCAGGCUGAGAUUCAAAUGCCAAAUGCGUUACAGCUUGUGCCAAAUCACCCACUGGAGCCAUAG